AUGUCCAUCCACGUGAUACUCAACAGCCACGCUAGCCGGCCGAGCGGGGCCCCGCAAUAUGACGAUUAUAUCCAAUCUGGACUUUUUGCGCGAGGUUCGGGAAACUUACCUGAUGGGACGAAAGGCGGACCAACACGUUGCUUAACCUUUGCAAGUGCUUCUUCCCGCUCUCUAACCCCACUCUCAAUCCAACCCUCGAGCUCCGAGAUCCAAGCACGUGCGUUAAGUCUCCAGAACCUGGAGCUCGCAGUGCGGAGCGUACAUGAAGAUGGACUAGUCGUUAUUGAAAACGCGAUUCCUCACGGGGUAUUGGAUCAUCUGAAUGAGAAGAUGGUAGCCGAUGCGAGGAUGCUGCAGGCGAGAGGAAAGGACGCGCCGUUUAAUUAUAACCUUGGGAAUAUACAGCAGGAUCCGCCGCCUAUUCGGGAAUAUUUCGAGAGGGAUGUUUUCCUGAACCCGAUCGCGACCCAGAUCACCUCCGCGGUUCUUGGUCCUAGGCCCUUGAUGACUUUCUGCUCUGGAAACUCCGCUAUGCCGCCUACCCCUUCCUCCGAGCCACAGCGCCAACCCGUGCACUCGGAUGCAGACUUCGCGCACCCGAAUCACCCAUUUGCCCUCGUAGUCAAUAUCCCCCUCAUCACCAUGACGCCUGAAAACGGAUCGACUGAGAUAUGGCUCGGCACGCAUCUUGAUUCUGGCCUUGACGUGCAGGAAGGCGAGCAUGGUGACCGAGCGAGUGGCCGAAUCAAGGAGCAUGUGUUGGAGGAGAGACGGACUGUUCGAGGACCCUCCCAGCCGGUGAUACCUAAGGGGUCCAUAGUGGUUCGGGAUCUGAGAUUGUGGCAUGCUGGGAUGCCGAAUUGGACUGAGGAGGUCAGGGUAAUGUUGGCUAUGAUUCACUUUGCUCCGUGGUACAGGAAUCCGAUGAAGCUUGAACUCUCCGAGGAGAUUAAGCCUUUGGUGGAUAGUGAAUCCGGGCUUGAUCUUCAUGUCAACUGGGUCAAGGAGUCGGAGGUUGCUGAAAGUUACCUUAAUCGAGGCUUUGGGAAUAGUUAUGACUUUAGCCAAACUGCCUAA